GCACGCCCUUUUCUCAUUUUCCUUUACAUUUUUAUUAGUUUCCUCUCUUCUUUCGUAAUGUCGUAUUUGGAUUCGCUGGACCAGUGCGUGGCAACGCUUGAAACGUGCAACAACAACCUCGCAGCGGCCACAACUGCGCUGGGCUCGCUGACACGCACGUUCCCGCGGGUCUCCCGGGUAAUUCGGUGCGAAACGAAGUACGAGCUCACGACCGCCAGCGACAUCGGCAAGGCGCAAAGCCUUAUUUCCAAGGAGGCCGUGCCGUUCCUGUUCCGGCAGGUUGACCAACUCGAGUCAGCAGUCGAGGUGAUCCGGGCAACGCAUGAGGCCCAGCAAGCCAAAGUUGAGCAGCAAAAGAGCGAAUACCAGCAGCUGGUGGAGGACGAGGCGACGAUGGUCGAGCUGCAAAAGGUGAUCAAGGACGAGCAGUCGGCGCUGUCCGACGCGCAGGCAAAUCUUUUGAAUUUGAAAAGCACAGUGGCAGCUAAGGAGCGCGAGCUGGCAGAGCACCAGCGCACGCGGUCUGGCAUCAAAGAGGACAGCGAGAUACUGGAGGAGUCGGCCAUGGUGGAUGCUGAGAUUAUCCGGAUGCGGCGUACCAUUGCUGAUAUUGAUGAGGAGAUGGCCGGGAUCCCGAUCGGUGACCAGCUCGAGGAUACAAAGGACCAGGCAUCCAAGUACAUGGUGCUGGAUAACCUGCGCACGCAGCUCCUGCAGUGCACUGAGGACAUGAUGGUUGACAGCAAGGUGGCAGAGUUCAUGCAGGGCGCAAAUGCCACGUUGCAGCUGCUUGAGAACCGCGUGUUUGUGCCAUGGUGGGACCGGAGCAGCAGCAUGCAGAGCCAGAGGCAAAAGUACGUGGGCAGCCUGUUCAGGUACUUCUUCCGUGACUAUGGCAAUACCAUGCAAGCGAUAUUGGACACCCUGCUCGACCACCAGAGUAUGACUGUGGAGGAGCUGAAGCGAGAGCUCAUGUCGGUGGGGCAUUCGACAGAGGAGCUGCCGAUGCUUCUCAGGAGGCUCAGCCAUAUCCAGGCAGUGACGACGGAGACCAAGACCGAGAAUGGCCAAAAGAUCACAUACGUGCGCUUGGACUUCAGCAGCUUCGAGGAUGCGGAACCGCCUCAGCAGGAGCAGUGAUGCAGGGCCAGUGGAGCAUGUACAUGUAUAG